AUGACGGCUGAAGAGCGGCUUAUUCGGCAGUAUCUCAUGUCCAUUCACCGGCUGCCAGCCAACACCGACAAAGUGACUGAGUACCUGCACAAGCAGGUGGCUCUCAGCCCCCACAGCUUGCACUGCCACGUCCGGCCUGGAGACCUCGAGUCUUCCUUCUGCAUGGACUCCACCGUGAUGAUGACUUCCCAAGUCAUGCGCGCUCUGUUGAAGGCGGCGGCCACGACCAGUCACACAGGGGACGACGUGUCCUUCUCUGGCCACUUGGCAGCGCUUCUGCGCAUCGGGCACGUCAACGCCCAGGCGCUGUUCGAGUGGGAUCCGGCCAGGACGAGCUGCAUCUACAACGGAAGCUGCACGUUCGCGCACUACUACGGCAGCUGGGAGCGCACGACGGGCCAGCGGGCGCUGUGGAACCUCGUCCUCUGGCAUCGCAGGCUCUAUGCGGGGGACAGGGUGGAACUGUCCGCCAGGCUAGAUGCCACAGAUUACAGAAAUAUGUUCGACGAGGUCAAGCAUUAUUUGCAAGGUUCCCGUGACGAUGAAGAUAACACCGAGCGCUACACCGAAAGACAAGCGCAUCGCUAG